AUGCCUGCCCCGGGCGAUCAGCACACGUCGUGGGCGAACCCGUUUCAGGAGGCCAAGCCUCGGAUCUCGGAAUGGACCGCCAAAGAGAUUGCCACAAUCGCAUCCAAGUUGGAUAAGCAGUUGGGACCCGAAUACAUAUCCUCUCGGUCCGGACCUGGUGGCUCACGGGUGCACUACCUGACCGCCGAAAAGGUGAUUGGCCUGGCAAACGAGGUGUUUGGCUUCAACGGAUGGUCAUCGUCCAUACAAAACAUCCAGGUUGAUUUUGCCGACGAGAAUCCCCAAACACAGCGCGUCAGCAUCGGACUCUCCGUCAUAGUUCGAGUGACGCUGCGAGACGGCACCUACCACGAAGACAUAGGAUACGGAUCCAUAGAAAACGCCAAAGGCAAAGCCAUGGCGUUUGAAAAGGCGAAGAAGGAGGGCACGACGGAUGGGCUGAAGCGAGCGCUUCGCAGCUUCGGCAACAUACUUGGCAACUGCAUCUACGAUGCCGACUACGUGAAGCAAGUCAUCAAAGUCAAGGCACAACCUGUGAAAAAGUUUGACCAGGACAAUCUCCACCGACAUUCAGACUUUGUGAAGAAGACUGACACGGCAGACGACGGGUCUGCGGUAUCCGCGUCGGCUAGGGGCGCGACGACGGGGCCUGCAGCUCUGAAGAUGGAGCCUCUGGAGUCGUUUGAAGACCUUCUCGGUGAACUCGACGAGGCCGACUUCUGUGUCCCCGGAGAUGGCCACCCGGACGAAAUCAUUCUUUCCAAUCUUGCGCCAGCGCAGGCACACACGUCAAAGCUACCGUCCAAGGCGCAGGGACAAGCACAAGCACAAGCGCAAGCUCAGAGUCGGAACCAUCACGCGCCGGCCAAAGCCGUUUCUGGAGGCUACCCCCGACCGCCACAGACACCGACGGGCGGAAACGUACAGGGCGGGGGCUCAAGCCGCAACUCACCAAGUAUCAGUCACAUGCCUGCUCCACCACCUCCGAAUCCCGGUGCUGAAACGGCGACAUUCUUCUCAGCCAGAUCUGUGGCCAGAACUGUCGACUUGAAGGAACCGACCCUUGUGAAUUCACAGGUCUUCAAUCCAAAAGCCGAGAGCCCGUCUAUUAGGAAGACUCCCGGCAUUGAUCAUUCUUCUUCCAAGCCGGUAGCUCGGAAUGGUCAGCAUGUGCCGCCGCCUAACAGCCAGUCUGGCGCUGCUCCAUCGUCAAGCGCGACUGGCUUUACACCUGUCAGACCUGGGGGCCCAGUUACUAGGAGCAGCCUAGCAAAUCCGUCGCUGGAUCACACUCGACGGAUUGGCGCGCCAGGUGGCCCCGGGAGCCCUCUUGCGAACAGGGGGAGCUACAAACCACUCACAAUGAAGCGGCCACUACCCGGAGAAGCCAAUGCCUUGGCAGCAGCAGCAAGGCCUCCGUUGGUCGAUUUGCCGGCCAAUACCAACGCACAAGGGAAUCAUGCCAAUGAUGGGAACGUGGUCGGUGAUGGACUGGACUCCAAGAGACAAAAGAUUGCACAAUGA